AUGUUGCGACGUGGGGUCCCCUGGCGAGUGUCGGGUCUAACGCCACGCCCGUGGCUUUCACGACGUUGGUACCUGUCCCAAAUUGAAGAUAUCGAUGGUGAAGACGAGACCCUCGAGUUUCGCCUGGACUACCUUCCUGAGUCGUCGUACCACCUCAGGUUCCGCGACCCUGAAGAGCCGCCACGGGGCACGCCGGCGCUGAUCAAGGGCCCCGAAGGCGUGCUACAUUAUAGAGACGUGGGAGUUGACGAGUACGGCUUCCAGGAAGCGGAUAUGUCGCUCUCCGACUACUUCUACGGCAACCCCAACCACACGCACAACGUGUUUUACGGCACCAAGAUGGCCAUGGCCAACCAGGCACGCAAAGUGGAAGGGCGGACGUUUGUUGAUUUGAGGAUUCUCCGAGCAAGCAGCGGCGCUGGCGGCAACGGGUGUAUCUCGUUUUUUAGGGAUGCUAAUGCCCCCACAGGUCCUCCCGACGGCGGCGACGGUGGCGACGGGGGCAACGUGUAUAUCCUGGUGGUCGAGCGCAACAUGGGCUCGUUGCACCGGUUGACACGUACGUACACGGCUAAGCCUGGUACCAGUGGCAAGGGGUCGCAAUUGGACGGCAAACACGGCGACGACGUGAUUAUCGAGGUUCCUGUGGGGACCACGCUCAGGUGGAUUCCCGACCCGUUUGUUCUCAAAAAGUACUUGAGCCGACGGGAAAACCAAGCCGUAGAGGACGUGAUGAUGACGCUCAAGACCAGCGGCACCGGCGAGAUCCAGAUGUUCCGCGACGACUACGCCCCUGGCGAGGGGUGGCUGUUUUCUGAGUACGACGACGAGUACUACCGCGCCAAGGACUACUUUGAUGAGCUCAACACCAAGGUGAAGCAGUACGACGAGGAGGUGGUGGGGAUGGAGGUCACGAGCGACCGGUUCCCCUUGGUGGGCAUCGACUGCAGUAAGCCCACUACCAAGCCGAUCUUGUUGCUUUCAGGGGGCAAAGGCGGGUUGGGCAACAUGCACUUCCUCACCCUGAACAUCCGAAACCCCCGGUUCGCCAAGCGCGGGCGCAAAGGGCUCACCGCCUACUUCCUCCUCGAGCUCAAGUUGAUUGCCGAUUUGGGGCUUGUGGGCCUCCCCAACGCCGGCAAGCUGUCGUUGCUCCGGGCGAUAUCUCGGGCGCGUCCCCGGGUGGGCCACUGGGAGUUUACUACGCUCCAGCCGACGAUCGGCACCAUCUUCACGUCGAUCGAUCUGGACCCGUUCACUGUCGCCGACAUUCCCGGGAUUGUCCGCGGCGCCCUGGCCAACCGGGGGAUGGGGCUCGACUUUCUCCGCCACAUCGAGCGGCUGGGGGGGCUCGUGUUUGUGGUGCUGUUGGAGAGCGCCAGCCCCCAGGCCGACCUCCAAGUGCUCAUCGACGAAGUGGGGCCGCGCCGGAUGAAGGGGAAGAAGGUGCUUGUCGUCGCUACCAAAGCCGACCUCCUGGACGACGGCGCCAACUACCAGCCGCUCCGCGCCCACGUGGAGGCCCAGGGGUGGCAGAUCGUCCCCGUGUGUGCUCCCGAAGGCCACAACAUCGAGCGGUGUAUCCGGCUCAUGGGCGACAUCGCCCGCGACCACCAUUAG